ACCCCACCGGCCUCGAUGCGGUUCCGCUUGAGGGAAAAAGGAAGGGUGGGCCCCAUACGUCGCCGACUGCCGCCCUCCCCCUCCAUGACAAGCUGGACCGUCGUCCCUUCCUACCCUCCCACUAUUUAUUUUGCCCCCUCCCCCGUUCUUCUUUCGCUUGCCCCAGGUAUCUCUCUCUUCUCUCUUCCUCAUGGUGGAGCGCCACGAGAUCGCACGCCGGUGACCGCCGCCGCCGCCGAGCCCAUGGAGAGCUUUCGCCACCAGCAGACCCCCGGCUCGGACCGCUUCCUCGGCCUCGUCGGCCCGCCCCGGCCCGCCAACGGCACCGUCCUCUCCGCCGGCGAGGACGAGCUUCACGAGGACGAGAUCUUCUGGACCGGGGCCGACAACCCCUCCUCCGAGCCCAACCGCUACCCCAUGAAACCCUCCCCCGCUAUCGGCAAACCGAACCCUAGCCCCGCCACCAUCGCCCGCGCCGGGUUUCGGCGCCUCCCGGACCGGAACUUCGGAAUCCUUGCCGCCCUCCUGGAGGACGACAAGAAACCGCCGACGGCGAAGGCCAGCCCCCCGUUCCAAUAUCGGAAUGCCGCCGCCCGCUCCCCCACCUCCUCACCAUCGUCCUCCACCUCCCCUUCCUCCGUCUCCACCUGCGCUCGGAUGAUCCCAGUGGUCCCCAAGAUGAAGCCAGAGUCCGCACUGUCGAUGCCGGGCGGGAAGAUCUACCAUCAGUCGGCUCCGCUGAGAGUGCCGGUGGCGCCGGCGAAGAUGAGGAGAGGAUGGGGGGAGUUCGAGAUGGACGACCGAGAUUUGGACGGGGAUGAGGAGAUGCUUCCGCCCCACGAGAUCGUGGCGAGGCGGUCCGGGAACGGAUCGCCGAUGACCACCUUCUCGGUGCUGGAGGGAGUCGGAAGAACGCUCAAGGGGAGGGACCUCCGCCAGGUUCGCAACGCCGUCUGGCGAAAGACGGGCUUUCUUGAUCUAUAGCGAGGAAAGUGCUUUCCCCCUCUUAAAAAUUUUGCCUCUCUUGUUUUUAGUGUUAUUGUAUUCUGUGAUUUUGGGGGGAGGGAGAGGGGAUGGGAAUUGAGAAUGUUUUGGGGGAUCAGUGACAAUAAAUGAUCAUCUUUCGCCCAUGGAUUCUUCAAUUUGCCUUUUGC